AUGGCGAGCCCCACUCUGAGCCCCGACUCCUCAUCCCAGGAGGCCCUGUCAGCCCCCACCUGCUCUCCCACCUCCGACUCCGAGAACCUCAGCCCCGAUGAGCUGGAGCUGCUGGCCAAGCUUGAAGAGCAGAACCGGCUACUGGAGGCCGACUCCAAGUCCAUGCGCUCCAUGAAUGGCUCCCGGCGGAACAGUGGCUCCUCACUGGUGUCCAGCUCCUCAGCCUCCUCCAACCUGAGCCACCUGGAGGAGGACACGUGGAUUCUGUGGGGCCGGAUUGCCAACGAGUGGGAGGAGUGGAGACGCCGGAAGGAGAAGCUGCUGAAGGAGCUGAUCCGCAAGGGCAUCCCACAUCACUUCCGGGCCAUCGUCUGGCAGCUCCUGUGCAGUGCCACAGACAUGCCAGUCAAGAACCAGUACUCAGAGCUGCUCAAGAUGUCGUCUCCCUGCGAGAAGCUCAUCCGCAGGGACAUCGCCCGCACUUACCCAGAGCAUGAGUUCUUCAAGGGCCAGGACAGCCUAGGCCAGGAGGUCCUCUUCAACGUCAUGAAGGCCUACUCGCUGGUGGACCGGGAGGUGGGCUACUGCCAGGGCAGCGCCUUCAUCGUGGGCCUGCUGCUCAUGCAGAUGCCUGAGGAGGAGGCCUUCUGUGUGUUCGUGCGGCUGAUGCAGGAGUACCGCCUGCGGGAGCUCUUCAAGCCCAGCAUGGCCGAGCUGGGGCUCUGCAUCUACCAGUUUGAAUACAUGUUACAGGAGCAGCUCCCGGACCUGAACACCCACUUCCGCUCCCAGAGCUUCCACACGUCCAUGUAUGCCUCGUCCUGGUUCCUCACGCUCUUCCUCACCACCUUCCCACUGCCUGUCGCCACCCGUGUCUUUGACAUCUUCAUGUAUGAGGGCCUGGAGAUCGUCUUCCGGGUGGGCCUCGCCCUGCUGCAGGUGAACCAGAUGGAGCUGAUGCAGCUGGACAUGGAGGGGAUGUCCCAGUACUUCCAGAGGGUGAUCCCCCAUCAGUUCGACAGCUGUCCAGAUAAGCUGAUCCUCAAGGCUUACCAGGUCAAGUACAACCCCAAGAAGAUGAAGAGGCUGGAGAAGGAGUACGCAGCCAUGAAGAGCAAGGAGAUGGAGGAGCAGAUUGAGAUCAAGAGGCUUCGGACGGAGAACCGGCUCCUGAAGCAGCGGAUUGAGACCUUGGAGAAGGAGAGCGCUGCUCUGGCUGAUAGGUUAAUACAGGGGCAGGUGACGCGCGCACAGGAGGCAGAGGAGAACUAUGUCAUCAAGCGGGAACUGGCUGUGGUGCGGCAGCAGUGCAGCUCGGCGGCCGAAGACCUGCAGAAGGCGCAGAGCACCAUCCGGCAGCUGCAGGAGCAGCAGGAUAACCCGCGCCUCACCGAGGACUUUGUGGCCCAUCUGGAGACGGAGCUGGAGCAGUCACGGCUUCGGGAGACUGAGACCCUGGGGGCCCUUCGGGAGAUGCAGGACAAGGUUCUGGACAUGGAGAAGAGGAACAGCUCGCUGCCCGACGAGAACAACGUGGCUCGGCUUCAGGAGGAGCUGAAGGCGCUCAAGGUUCGGGAGGGUGAGGCCGUGGCCUCAGCGCGGGAGCUGAAGCUGCAGCUGCAGGAGCUCUCGGACACCUGGCAGGCCCACCUAUCCCGCGGUGGCCGCUGGAAGGAGUCCCCGCGGAAGCUGGUCCUGGGCGAGCUGCAGGACGAGCUGAUGAGCGUGCGGCUGCGCGAGGCCCAGGCGCUGGCCGAGGGUCGAGAGCUGCGGCAGCGCGUGGUGGAGCUCGAGACGCAGGACCACAUCCACCGCAACCUGCUGAACCGUGUGGAGGCUGAGCGCGCGGCGCUGCAGGAGAAGCUGCAGUACCUGGCGGCGCAGAACAAGGGGCUGCAGACGCAGCUCAGCGAGAGCCGCCGCAAGCAGGCGGAGGCCGAGUGCAAGAGCAAGGAGGAGGUGAUGGCCGUGCGCCUGCGGGAGGCGGACAGCAUGGCGGCGGUGGCCGAGAUGCGGCAGCGCAUCGCGGAGCUGGAGAUCCAGAGAGAGGAGGGCCGCAUCCAGGGCCAGCUGAACCACUCGGACUCGUCGCAGUACAUCCGCGAGCUCAAGGACCAGAUCGAGGAGCUGAAGGCCGAGGUGCGGCGGCUGAAGGGCCCGCCGCCCUUUGAGGACCCGCUGGCCUUCGACGGGCUGGGCCUGGCUCGGCACCUGGACGAGGACUCGCUGCCAUCGUCCGAUGAGGAGCUGCUCGGUGUGGGCGUGGGCGCCGCGCUGCAGGACGCGCUCUACCCGCUGUCGCCGCGCGACGCACGCUUCUUCCGCCGGCUGGAGCGACCGGCCAAGGACAGUGAGGGCAGCUCCGACAGCGACGCCGACGAGCUGGCCGCGCCCUACAGCCAGGGCCUGGACAACUGA